AUGAUAAGUAAAGCAUUAUAUGCCACCAAAGAUCUUACCCAAUCAUCUGUACAGGUAAAGGCUAUUUAAAUAUUCCUGUUGAAAUUCCUGGAUGUAUUGUUAAUGGAUCUUGGGAAUAGUUUUAGAAACUUUGGAAGACAGCUACUGUACUUUGGUUUUUGCCAUUGUGGCACAUAGAAGCCAUCUCUUUCUGCUCUUAUAACAGUGGGAUAAUAUAUGAAGUGGCUGAAGUAAGAGGGUGAACAACUAAAGCAGACACAGCAGUCACGUGGAAACCAAAGCAGCCCACAUAAUUUUUACUGUGACAACCAGAGAUGUGAUGGUUGCUCUUGUUGCUGGCAUGAUAACUGCAAAUAGUUAUGUGCCUAAAAUGAUUCCAGGUCUUCCUAGUUAGGAUCUCUGAUUAUUAUGAGCAGUUUUCCACUGAUUUGUGGGAAAACUAGUAAGAACUUCAGAAACUAGUAAUAACUUCAGAAACUAAUCAUUGUGCUAUUUAUAUGGCACCCUCCCCCAACAUGACAGGGCACCCAGCAGUCUUAAACUAUGUAGUUUAUUUGUUUUGAUGCCUUGCAUGCUUGCUUGUUUUUUUACUUCAUCCGCACAAUGUUCUCAUUCAAGUAGCAGCCCACACUUCCCGUCCCAAGUAAUUCAGAUUUUCCCCAAAAAUUGUUGUAUACAAAACCUGUUAAUGGUACAUAAUGUAUUUCAAAUUACUCUGUGGUUUCUCGGUUUUUAGAAAGUUAGCUCCAAACCAGCCAAUCUCACUGGAAAAAGGAACUGCAAGGUAACUUUGACUCAAGUACCGGUAAUUCCAAAAAAGGGCAUGCUCAGUUCUUUAGCAUGUGCUAUAGAAAAUAGCCACAAGAUGGAGCUUAAAGCCAACCAACCGAAAACAGAUAUUUUUACUAAUCUCAGUUUACUAGCAGAAGACAAGAACAUUGAGGCGCCAGGGAGAAAAGUGUAUAGUAGGAAACAAGAAAAAACUUCAGAAGAAUCUGCAGGAAUGCUAAACUCAAAAGUAUCUUUUAAAACGUCAAAUAAUACUUUAAGAAAUUAUUCUACCAGAAUCAUACCCAUCUUUAAAGGAAAGCUGUUGCAGAUGGAUAAGCAGACCACAAAGGCCACCCAUGAAAAGAAAAGGCAGAAUGCUUCUAAAGUAAUGAACACAGCUGCUAAAUUGGCUGUAUUCAAGCCUAGUACUGAUCAAGUUAACAAAUUGUUACGUGAUGCAUCAUUAAAAAAUAUUACAAACGGAAGUGCUCUUCGGAUACAGACUGGAAAAGCCAAUGUUAAGUCUAGUAAACUUGCAUUAAAAGAGAAAAAUGAGAAUUAUGGACACUUGGCAAAUUAUGCUUUAGCUAAUGGAGGAGUUUUAGACAGGGAUUCAAGUAAAUUCAAAUCCAUAAGACUAAAUUCCUCUUUGAAAUCACCUAGUGACCUUGCAGUGCAUCAUGUAUCAGUUGUCCACCAGCAUCUGAAUACACCUUCAAAUUUCAGAACAAGCCAGAAUACCUUGACCACUGAGUCAAAGAAAUCCCAUCCCUGCAUGUCUCACUCAGAUGUGGAUGAGGGAAAUCCCAGAAUAUUUCACAAUCAAAUACAAAGCUCAGCUGAAGAAGAGAAAAUGAAUGCUUACAGUUUAUGCAGCUCAGUACACAGUAGGGCCAAACAAGGAGAUCACAAAGAAUCACUAGGAAUAUCCCAGCAAGAUACCAUUAAGACUUCUAGUCAUCAUCUGCAGGGCAACUGCCUACAGGUAUACCUAGUAAUAAAGGUAUUUAAUCCAUUUCAGCAUAGGAGUUUCCUCAUACUGCUGAUUCAUACAAAGACAGCAUAGAAAGAAGGGGGGGUCAUUUUGUGUCAAAUUUCAGGUAUAUGACUUAGGCUUAGCCAGCAGUUUCUUACAAAUACCUUCCUUCCCUAUCUGAAUAUCAGGUGCUUAGCUCAGGCUGUGUGUGCGUGCUGUAUGGCCUGUGGGAAUCAUAUGGGCUUAAUUAGCGCUGCUGAGCCCAACAGAAAAUAAAACAAAUCUGUGCAGAUGUGUCCUUAGAAAAGGAUGUGGAACUUGUGGUCCUCCAGAUAUUUCUAGACCACAACCCACAUCAUCCUUGACUGUUACCUAUGCUUGCUGGGAUGAUGGGAGCUGGAGUCAAUAACAUCUGGAGGGCAACACAGUUUAGCUACUUCUGCCUCAGAAAAUAAUUUGAACACCAUACUAAUACUGCAUGGUUAAAACCAAGGCCUCAAGCUGAUCAGUGCCUAGAUGAGAAAGUGCCUAGGAGUUUUUCGCUAUGUGCUUUUUGAAGGGUAAGUGAGAAUACCCUUUUCAUUUAUUUUGAUGCUGGUCUUUUUCUACCAGACAAAUGAAUAACAUUUUUUCAUUAACUUCAGUAAGUAUUAUUGGGUUGUACCGCAUAGAUUGCCAGUAUAUUUUGACUACUUGUUUCCUUAGAUGGCAAAGCGAGGUCAACACAUAUUGUCUUUGACAUUAGCAUGACACUCUUAAAAGAGAAUUAAAUGUAUUACAAAAUGUACAUUUAAAAUGUAUAUUAAAUAGCAUGAUCAGACUUUCAGUGGAGUUCUGUAAAGUUCAAAACCUUCUUAUACUCAGGGCUAGCACUGAAUAUGUAAACUACCUUGCCAAAAGCAUCUGCUUUCUUUCCAGUUUUCUUCUCAUUCCUUUUAUUUAUUUUAACAAAAUUUAUAUAUGGCACCACUUACUUUAUAGUAAAACUUGGAGCUGUUUACAAGAAAUAUGAUCAAUAAGAGCAGUUAAAAACAAGUAAAAAGAAUUAAAAUUAACAGUAAAAAAGAUUAAAAGUUUUCCACAGAAUGUAUUGUAAUGAUAAGACACAUCACACUAUACGUAUUUUUUAAAGUUCCAUUUCCAAGGACAUUUGUAACCAUGUAUGAUUGUAAAUUAAUGGCGGAAUAAUGUUUUGUUUUGUUUUUUAAGAUACCUAAGACAAACAAGUCAUCCCAUUGCAAAGAUACAAACUCAAUUCAGAUUUUGUCAAAGAUGGAAACACACUUGGCAUCUGCAUCAAACAGAAGUGGAAAAAGACAGCAGUUAAAGGUUUAGUAAUAGUAUUUAUAGGCAUGUUAGUGCAAGAACAAGGAGAGGGAAAUUUGCCGUAUUGACUCAUACAUAAAACAGAUAAUGGAAAGCACCACAUUAAGAACAAGGUCUUAUUCAGAAAUGUUUAUAAGAGGGGUGGGGUUUUUUUAGCAAAUUAAUUAAUUCUAGAAUAUCAUUCAUACUUCCCAGUCCCAUAUUCUGAUUCUCCAUUACAUGGUAAUUUUGACUGAAAUAUUUACUUGUUUAUAGUAAAACCUUUCAAUUCCAUGGCCUAAAAAAAUGUGGCUGGUUUUGAUUUUAACUUAAUCAAAAUGUUUAGAAUGAUAUCUUAGAUGUUUUGCUAGUCACAUGUCGUAUGCGCAUUAGUUCAAUAUUUCAGCAUAAAAAUAUGUAAUAGGUAGGAAUGACAUUUGUUAGGGUAGCUCUUGGCUGAAUGCAACUCAGUUCAAAGUAUUUUGAUUUUCUUAAUUGUAAAUGUAAUUUGCUUUAAUGCUUUAACAUGUUGGCAGGAAAAACAAGUGAGUUACUCAAAGCCAAAGAAACUAAGAACCAGUAAGCUAUCAAACUAG